AUGUCAUCGUCGAUUAAUUUCGAAAGGAUUUUUAAGAUCAUGCUGUUUGCUAUGAAAGCUAGUAGAUUGCACCCAAACGUGCCGCGAAAUUUUAAAUGGAUUUGCCAGAUUUGCUGUUUAUAUGGAUUAUUUACUUUUGCAUUUUUAUUAUUAUCUUACAGCACUUUUCAUGACAUUGCAAAUAAAGAUUUCUCGCGAGCUUCUGCAAAUGGAUGCCUAUGUCUGAAUUUUUUUGUAAUCACAAUGUUUUACUGUGUUCUUGUAUGUUAUCGAAGUAAUUUUAGUGAUAUGAUAGAUGAAAUGAAGGCAGAUUUUGUACGCGCUAGAUAUCUACCACGCGACGACUAUGACAUAGUAGUUAAGUAUGCAAAGAAAGGAAAAGAUGUUAUCAACAUUUGGCUCUCUAUUUCUGGAUGUGUGACAGUACUGUUUCCAUUGAAAGCAAUAAUAUUAAUGAUGUAUACGGGUGUGAAUGGGAGAUUUCAAUAUUAUUCACUUUAUGAAGUUACGUUCCCAGAUGUAAUAGAAUCAAGGAAAGACACAUUCGAAGUGUUUUUAUUUUCUUUUUCGUUAUUUUUAUUCUUUGACGUUUACGCGUUGUUCAUGUAUAUGUCAAUAUCACCAUUGGGUGCUAUUUUUAUGCUGCAUUCGUGUGGUCAACUGGAAUUGGUAAGAAAAAGAGUUUUAAAAACAUUUUCUAAGGAGAGCGAUAUAACUCCAAUUGAAAAUUUAAAAAUAGCUGCAAUACAUCUUCAGAAAAUAUACAGGUAA